AAUAUAUUUCAACUGUGAUUUAAAUUAUCAAAUUCUAGGAAUAUUGGUUAAGCAAAAUUGUGAUUCUACUUAAUUAUAAUAGAAUGCUAGCUGCAACAUUCUUAGGUGAUGUUGAAAAAUUAAAAUUUUUGGACAGAGAGGGAAAACGGCCUGAUAUCGCAGAUAAUCAUGGAUGGACCUCACUGCAUCAUUCUGUGGCAAAGGCCUAUGUUGAUUGUGUGAACUUUUUUCUUGCUCCAAAGUUUUCAGAGUAUAAUCUCACACAGUUAAAAACACAUGAAGGAGAAACCGCUCUUUUUAUAGCUUGUUCCGUUGCAAUUGAAAGUUUAGAUAUAGUGCAGCUGCUACUCAAUGCAGAUCCAGAUUGUAUUGAUAUAUCAAAUAAUGAGUUAGAAACACCUUUGCACAUUCUUUGCAACAAGCAAAAACAUAUAUAUGUUGAAUUAUUAGUAAAUGCUGGAUCAGAUCUAGAUGUUCAAGAUUAUGCAGGAGAUACUCCAUUACAUAUUGCUGCUAUGAAUGCAGAUUAUAAAUGUCUUGAAAUUUUGUUAUUUGCUGGUGCUGAUGCAUCUUUAACAAAUGAUAGUAAAUAUACUCCUUUACAUCUUGCUGUUAUGAGCAAAUGCAAAAUUUGCAUCAAAUUGAUAUUACAAUUUAUUUGUGCAGAAGAUAUUAACAGACAGAGUAUAUAUGGUACAACCGCUUUAAUGAUUGCUGCACAGCAUGAUAAUAAAAAUAUAGUACAAAUGCUUUUAUUAAAAGGAGCUAAUCCACAUAUACCAGAUCAUGAUGGCAGACUUCCACUACACUUUGCUAAUGCUGCUCUAGAACCAUUGUUAAAUAGUAUGGACGUAAACUCAAUUUUAACAUUGAGUUACCAAAAGUUUAACUUUAAUUGUGAUAUAAAAAACACUAGACUUUUUGAAAAGCGACCAGAAAUAUUUGCAUUGUUUGCGGUUGAUUAUUUAUGGCAAUUUUGGACUGCAGAUAAAAAUCAUUGUAUAUUAAUUAUUCAGGUGUUGCUAUCACACCUAUCAUUAAAUUAUGAUUUUCAAUAUAGUAAUUUGCCUAAAUUCAAUCUAUAUCAUCCGACAGAUUUUGUCAAGCUUUUAGAAAUUGCCGAGAUGUUUGGUGUUUAUGGACAAGAUAUUAGCAUUUUGUGGCAUGAUAUCAAUAUUAUCAAUCCACACUCCAUAUGUAUAGAAGUAGAAAUUCCUAUAGAAAUUUGGGCUUACGAGCAUUAUCUACAGUAA